AUGGCAUCUAUUGGAAACAAAUUAAGCAUUGACAAAGUUGAUGUCAAAGGUAAACGUGUUUUAAUUAGAGUAGACUUUAAUGUACCAUUGGAAGAUGGAAAGAUUACGAACACUCAAAGAAUCGACGCUUCAUUGCCAACUAUCAAGUAUUGUUUGGAACACGGUGCUCGUUCUGUUGUUUUGAUGAGCCAUUUGGGUCGUCCAGAUGGUUUGGUAAAGAAGGAAUUCUCGUUGGCUCCAGUCGUACCAGUCUUGGAGAAGGCUUUGAACAAGAAGGUCAUCUUCCUUCACGAUUGCGUCGGUAAGGAAGUCGAGGAUGCCUGUGCCGCACCAGCCGAAGGUUCACUCAUUCUCUUGGAGAACUUGCGUUUCCACAUCGAAGAGGAAGGUUCCGGUGUCGAUGCCGCCGGCAAGAAGGUCAAGGCCGACCCAGAGAACGUAAAGAAGUUCCGUGAGUCACUCUCGAAGCUCGGUGACGUCUACUGCAACGAUGCCUUUGGUACUGCUCAUCGUGCACACAGCUCUAUGGUUGGAUGUCAACUCAAUGAGCGUGCUGCUGGUUUCCUCAUGAAGAAAGAGUUGGAGUACUUUGCCAAGGCUCUCGAAUCACCAACCAAGCCAUUCUUGGCCAUUUUGGGUGGUGCCAAAGUCAGUGACAAGAUCAAGUUGAUCUUGAACAUGUUGGAUAAAGUCGAUUCUAUGAUUAUCGGUGGUGGAAUGGCUUUUACUUUUAAGAAAUUCAUUGAUAACAAACAAAUUGGUGCUUCACUUUGUGAAAACUCUGCAGAACAACUUGUACAUGAUAUCAUUGAAAAGGCAAAGAAGAACAAUGUUAAUCUUUAUUUCCCAGUAGACUAUGUCAUUGCCAAUAAAUUCGCCAAGGACGCCGAAUCUAAAGUUGUUGAUGAAGAUGAAGGUAUUCCAAGUGGUUGGAUGGGAUUGGAUUGUGGUCCAAAGACCAAUGUUAUCAACAAAAAGGUUGUUUCAGAAGCAAAGACUAUUGUCUGGAAUGGUCCAAUGGGUGUAUUCGAAUUUGACAAGUUUGAAGCUGGUACCAAGGCUGUUAUGGAUGCAGUUGUAGAGGUCACCACCAAAGGUGCCAUUACUAUCAUCGGAGGUGGAGACACCGCCACAUGUGCCGCCAAGUAUGGAACUGAAGAUAAGGUCAGCCAUGUCAGCACUGGUGGUGGUGCAUCCCUAGAGUUACUCGAAGGAAGAGAACUUCCAGGUGUAACUGCUCUUUCAAACAUCUAA